UUUUGUUUCUUUCUGGAAUUUUAGGGACAGCGCUCGACGUGUUGCGUCCGGUCGCGUCUGCAAGCAACAGGAACCUUUGGAGUAGCAAGACUGUCCCGACACCGAUACACGCUUUUUCGCAAUAUUGGAGCGUGAUACUGGAAAGAAUAGUAUAUGCAACGGUCAAGUGCACUGAUUGGUACACUGCUCGAUCAAUUUCCAGUUCUUCACAGACCGUCUGUGCUUUGCACACAAUAACGCCGAAACACUUAACGAAGUAGAAAAGGAAUUGGAUUUCAUCCAAUCUUUGUCUUUUUAUCGCCUCAUAUUUCCAGUAAUUAGGUUGAACAUGGACAUAAGUCGCUCAUCUGUGUCCAAGCCGCUUCAUGUCGGAGGGAGGGUGAUGUUUAUUUGGAUAGUAAUAACGUGCCACGGAGUCUGUUUGGCGUUUGGCCCCAACAAACUAGAAGAUGAGGACUAUGAGGAUGUCGCCAUCAAUAAGACAUGGGUUCUAUCACCAAAGGUCUAUGAGGGCGAUGUCACCUUCAUCCUAAACAAAUUGCUACUGGGCUAUGACAACAAACUCCGCCCUGACAUUGGAGUUAGACCAACAGUCAUUGAGACUGCAGUGUAUGUGAACAGCAUUGGACCGGUUGAUCCCAUCCACAUGGAGUACACCAUUGACAUAUUCUUCGCCCAGACUUGGUACGACAGCAGGUUGAAAUUCAACAGCUCCAUGAAAGUCUUGAUGCUCAACAGCAAUAUGGUGGGAAAGAUCUGGAUCCCAGACACCUUCUUCCGCAACUCCAGGAAGUCCGAUGCCCACUGGAUCACCACACCGAAUCGACUACUGAGGCUGUGGAACAAUGGGCGGGUGAUGUACACACUGAGGUUGACCAUAAAUGCUGAGUGCUACCUUAAGCUGCAUAACUUUCCUAUGGACGAGCACUCCUGUCCCCUCGAAUUCUCGAGCUAUGGCUAUCCUAAAAAUGAAAUUCUCUACCGCUGGCAGAGGAGGUCAGUGGAGGUGGCCGACCAGCGGUACUGGAGGCUUUACCAGUUUGCGUUUGUGGGGUUGCGCAACUCCUCCGAAGUGGCACGCACACAGUCAGGAGAAUACGUGGUCAUGUCAGUGUUUUUUGACCUGAGCCGGCGAAUGGGUUAUUUUACCAUUCAGACAUACAUUCCCUGCAGUAUGAUUGUUGUGCUCUCCUGGGUUUCCUUCUGGAUCAACAAAGACGCUGUGCCAGCGAGGACAUCCCUGGGGAUCACCACAGUGCUCACCAUGACAACUCUCAGCACCAUAUCCCGGAAGUCCCUCCCCAAGGUGUCCUAUGUAACAGCCAUGGAUCUUUUUGUGUCUGUCUGCUUCAUCUUCACCUUUGCUGCACUGAUAGAGUACGGAACCCUGCACUAUUUCACCAGCAACAAGUCCAAGGAUCCCAAAGCCAGCAAGACUGAGAAAUGCAGAGAAGUCAGAACAUCACUGCUUCAGAUAAACAACAUCGACCCCUAUCAUGUAGAAGAUCACAGUGACGAGUGUCUGGACGGUAAGGACUGCACUGACUUCUUCUGCUGCUUCAAGGACUGUCGAUCAGGGACAUGGCGUGACAACAGGAUGCACGUCCACGUCUCCAAGAUUGAUUCCUAUUCCAGAAUAUUCUUCCCCACUGCAUUUGGCCUAUUCAACCUUGUCUACUGGGUGGGUUACCUUUAUUUGUGAAAAAAAUAAAAUAAUAAAUGAAACAAAUAAUUAUCAGAAGAGGGGAAUGGUGAAAUGACCUGGAACAUUUUUUUUACAGUGUGUGUCCUUACAUGUACAUGUAAUCAAUGCUCCCUUCACUUGUUCAUAUGACUGAGUAAGAAAAAGAGUUUGUACAUUGGUUAGACAACAUAAUUGUAAUGCAAUAGUUUUGCGGAGACUCAUUUGUCUUUGUUUUUGUAAGCGUCGCCUUUUUUAAUAUGCUAUACUAAUGCAUUUC